AUGUCUUUUGAUUCUCAAUUUACUGCGUUAAAAUCUCAGCACAAACUGCUGGACGCAGUUUUGUGGGUUGUUUUUGCUGUUGGUGUCUUGAAAGCAACAACUUUUGUGCUUAGCUUCUCUACUUUACUACUAGAUUUGUUCGUUUUGCCGGGCGUCAAUUUCCGCAAGUACGGGGCCAAAAAGGGUAAAUACUGUGUGGUUACCGGGGCAAGUGAUGGUAUUGGCAAAGAAUACGCCCGUCAAUUGGCCAAACGCGGUUUCAAUCUGGUCCUCAUCUCACGUACCCUUUCCAAACUGGAAAACUUGAAAACGGAAUUCGAAAAAACUUAUAACAUUGACGUCCGGAUCUGUGCAAUCGAUGUUGCGGAGGACUCUUCUGAAAACUACACCAAGGUCAAGGAGAUCUGCGCGGCCAUUCCUAUCACCGUGUUGAUCAAUAACGUUGGUCAAAGCCACAGCAUCCCAGUGCCAUUCUUAGAGACCGAGGAAAACGAGCUUCGCAACAUCAUCACAAUCAAUAACACUGCCACUUUGAGAAUCACACAAUUGAUUGCCCCUCUGAUCGUAAAAUCCGCCAAAGAUGCCCAUUGUAAAGGUCUGAUAUUGACAAUGGGUUCAUUUGGCGGUCUUCUCCCAACUCCCCUGUUGGCCACCUACUCAGGGUCCAAAGCGUUUUUGCAAGCUUGGUCUGCUGCCCUUGCCGGGGAAUUGAAGCCUCAAAAUGUGGACGUUGAGAUUGUUUUAUCGUACCUAGUCACCAGCGCGAUGUCUAAGAUCCGCAGAACAUCUUUGAUGAUCCCAAACCCGGCUCAAUUUGUCGCUGCAACUUUGAAAAGCGUUGGAAGACGUUCCGGAGCGCAGGAACGCUACGCAACCAUGACACCUUACUGGUCCCAUGCAAUUUAUCAUUUUGUCAUUGAAAAUACCGUCGGCGUAUUUUCCAAGCUUGCAAACACCAUCAACUACACAAUGCACAAGAGUAUCAGAACAAGAGCUCUACGCAAAGCUGCAAGACAUGCUAAACAACAGUAG